GAUCGACGAAACUUUUGUAUAGGUUUUUACUAUGCUUCAUGUAUUCUUUACACGCUUGUAUAUAGUUUUAAAUCUUAUAUCAUCAUGUGUAUCAUCAUACAUUUAUAAGUUCGAUUAACAACAAUAAUAUUGAUUUUUUCCUGUUUUUAUAAAUGACUCAAUAACAAUUUAAUAAAAAUAAUAACGUAUUAGCAUUUGUAAACACAUUUCCUGUUAAGAGUAAUGACAUAACGAUACGAGCGAAGAUGAGACCGGUUUACGAACUCCGAUGUUCCUGAGGAAAGGAUCUAGAUGUAGUCGUGGUACACCAGGCACACCGUCUUCUAUUUCAAGCUCUGUUAUAUUUGGUCCAAUUCCGGACGAAGUUCUACGUGUUUGGAGUCAAUUACCCGAAGCAAUUCGUUUAGAUCCUAGCUUAGCAAUUUUUCAAAAAGAAUACGAUAGGAUUUAUCAAACCGACAGAAGAUGCUCCGAUACAAAAAGAGAUUGUUUAGUAGUAAAUAUGUCUCUUGGUACACAAUCGGCACCACCCAUAAGAACGCAACAAAAUAUUUGCGAAGAGGAUGGCACGCACGAUAUUACACAAGACCAAGCGCAUGAAAAACAAAAGCCAUUUUAUCGUUAUAGCAAAUUAAUAGCUCUUUCUUGUUGCUGGCUAAUAUUUACUGUGAUAUUAAUGGUCAAGAACGAGAAAGUCGAAAAAAUGCAUCAGAUUUCUAUUCCCAGCAACGAAAUUCGACAUUAUAAAUUGCAAGGUUUAGUCGAAAGUAAGCGCAUCAGCAUCAGAGUAGAAGGUUCAUUACUGCCUCCAAUUAAAGAAAAUCUUAAUUUAAAUUUAUCAAGUCAUCAUUUAACAAUAUGGUUGAGUUCAUUAAUCAACGAUUCGACUAGUCUACAUAAAUAUAAUAUCCAUUCAGAGAAUAUAAGCGAUUCUUGGAUUUUACCUGUACUUCCUGAAAAUUUAAUGGAUUUGUUUCCUGAUCAAAAGCAUCAAAAAGUCUUUGAAUUAGAUAAUGUUGAUAAAGAAUUAGUAGAAAAUGCAAUAUUUAUAAAUUUACAUACAAAUUUAAAACAUAGUUUUCCACUUUCAAUUGCAUAUGAUUUAUCUUCGAUAAAUACGGACGAUGGUAUACCGUACGCUGCGAUUGUUUUAUUUGGUCUAUAUGUAUUGAUAGUAUUUGAGAUCGUUCACAGAGCUUUGGCUGCAAUGCUAGCAUCGACUAUGUCUGUGGCAAUAUUAGCUGCAUUUAAUGAGAGACCAAAUAUGACAGAAUUAAUUUCUUGGAUUGAUGUAGAUACAUUACUACUAUUAUUUUCCAUGAUGGUUCUUGUUGCAAUUGUCGCAGAAACAGGAAUAUUCGAUUGGUUAGCUGUUUAUGCUUACAGGAUAACUGGAGGUAAAUUAUGGCCAUUAGUAAAUACUUUAUGUUUCUUUACCACAUUCAUCUCAUCAUUUUUGGAUAAUGUUACAACAGUACUAUUAAUGACUCCAGUUACGAUCAGACUCUGCGAAGUAAUGGAAUUAAAUCCAGUACCUAUAUUAACAGCAAUGGUAGUUUAUUCCAAUAUAGGUGGUGCCAUUACACCAGUAGGUGACCCACCAAACGUUAUCAUUGCCUCUAAUCGUGAUGUUAUUGAUGCUGGAGUAGAUUUUAGUACAUUUACAUUACAUAUGAGCAUUGGAGUAAUAUUAGUAUUGAUUGUGGUGUAUGCUCAAUUGCGUUUCAUUUUUCGUGAUAAAGCAGUUUUAAGUUUCGAUGAACCACAAGAUGUACAGGAACUCAGACAUGAGAUAGCAAUUUGGCAAAGAGCUGCGGCAAGUCUAUCGAGUUAUAGUAAAGAUGAAAAUUUAGUAAGAGAAACUUUAUUAAAGAAAGUACAACGUUUACUUACGCAACUUAAAAAAAAGUUAAUGACUGGUAGUGUUGCUUUCGAAAAGUAUAAAACUACACUCGAAGAACUACAGGAAAAAUAUCCCAUAAGAGACAAGUGGUUGUUAGUCAAAUCAGGAUUUGCAUUAGUGUUCGUUAUUACGUUAUUUUUCCUUCAUAGUGUACCUGGUAUGAAUUUAUCAUUAGGCUGGACUGCAUUACUAGGAGUACUUUUAUUACUAAUAUUAGCAGACAGUGAAGAUUUGGAUGGACUAAUGGCUAGAGUUGAAUGGAGCACUUUAUUAUUCUUUGCUUCAUUGUUUAUACUUAUGGAAGCUUUGUCACGUUUGGGUCUUAUUGCCUGGAUAGGAAAGCAAACAGAAAAAAUUAUUCUAUCUGUUAAUGAAGAAUCUCGUUUGGCUGUAGCUAUACUUUUAAUCUUGUGGGUAUCGGCAUUUGCAAGCGCAUUUGUUGAUAAUGUACCUUUGAGCACAAUGAUGGUAAGAAUUGCAAUAAAUUUAGCUAAAAAUCAUGAGCUUAGAUUACCUCUGCAACCUUUAAUUUGGGCAUUAGCUUUUGGUGCUUGCAUGGGAGGAAAUGGAACUUUAAUUGGAGCUACUGCAAAUGUUGUCUGCGCAGGAGUAGCUGAACAGCAUGGAUAUAGAUUCACUUUUAUGCAAUUUUUAAAAGUUGGCUUUCCUGUGAUGAUCACAAGCACUAUGACAGUAACUAUGUACCUAAUGAUCUCCCAUGUUAUUUUUGCUUGGAAUGGAAUAUAAAUGUUCUCCUUUUUAGUACGAAGAAAUAUAACUUCAAUCUAUACUUGUUCAUAAUUGUACUACUAUAAGUACUUUAAUGGUUUAAUGUUUUUGUAACAAACAUUCUUUGCAUCAGGAUAUGCUUAAUGCAAAAAAUCAUAUAAAAAAAAUAUAUGAAUAUUUUUAAUAAAAUUAAGUAAUUCUCUAGAGAAAAUAAAUAUUUUAUAUAUUGAUAAUAAUUAUCAUUUAAGAAAAUAUUUGACUUUUGUUAACUCGAUUUUUCCAAUAUCUAGCAGCUUUAAGAAUUAGUUGAAAAUAUAAAUGAAUAUACUCUUAAUCUUAUAAUUAUCGACAAUGUUGACCAACGAUGGCUUAUCAUUGCACAAUAAAAACAUGUUACUAUUUAUAAAUAUGUUUGUGCGUAUAAAAAACGGCAAUGCAUAAUAGAAAAGAUCAAUAACGAUUAUGAAGCCAUAUAUUUCUUAAUAUAAGAAAAUAUUGAAUAUUACAUAUGUCAAAGAUUUUAUAGAAACGCGCCAUAAGUUGAAAUCACUCUAUUGAUAAUCGACAAUUCAUACCGUUGUCAAAUCGUAUAGUAAACAAAACAGAGUACGUUAAUGAGAAUUACCUACUGCAUUAUGUAUUUGAAUGUUUAUUAAAUAAUAAAAAAUCAGUGCACUUUUAUAAUAAUUGAUAUUUUUAGUAAAAAGUUAAACGAUUUUUAUGAUCAACAUGCCUGUCGAUCAAAUUCAGUAUUCCGAAAGAUACACCGAUGAUAAUUAUGAGUAUAGGCAUGUAAUUCUUCCAAUUGAUUUAGCAAAACAUGUACCUAAAACACACUUGAUGUCAGAAACUGAAUGGCGUAAUUUAGGCGUUCAGCAAAGUCCUAGAACCACAUGUCUUGCUUUUUCGUCGGCCAAGAAUUCAGAGAGGAAAACGUGUAAUGUAAUAAACUAAUUUUUAUGUAAACAAAUGUGUCAUCGAUAUACUUAUUUUUAGAGAAUAUAUAUAUAUAUAUAUAUAUAUAUAUAUAUAUAUAUAUAUAUAUAUAAAUAAAUAUGUUGUGUCUGUAUAUAUUGUAUAGAAAUAAGUAGUUAUCUUGUAAAUCAUCGUGCAAAUAAUUAUAAUCAUGAUUUUUAUAAUAUGAAUUGAUGGUUUUUU